AUGCAGAUUUCAAUCACACCUUAUUUUGAUGCGAAGUUUUCAAUAUUAAAGAAUAUGGGGUGUGGUGAGUAUGCGGAGGUGUGGAAAGUGCUGGAGUUGGGAUCUGGAGCGAUUAAUGCAGUCAAGAAAUCGAAACUGCCUUUUACUGGUUGGGACGAUCGAUGGCAACAGUUAAUUGAGGUGGAGCAUUUACGAUGUGUCCGGAGUAGUAAAUAUUGUGUAAAUAUGUUGAAUGCAUGGGAAGAAAGAGGUUAUUUGUAUAUACAACUGGAACUCUGUUCAAGCGGAAGUCUGGACAAGUUUAUUGAAUUUAAACAAAGAAAAAUACCACAAGAUAUCGUUUGGAAAAUAUUCCAUGAAAUUGUACUUGGUGUUAGAGAUAUUCACCAAGCAGAUGUGGUUCAUUUGGAUUUAAAACCAUCCAAUAUUUUAAUUGAUGAUGAAGGCUAUAUCAAAAUCGGCGACUUUGGAAUUUCUGUCCAUACGCCAGAUGUGCGCUGGGUAAAAGGUGAAGGAGAUAGAAGAUAUAUGGCCCCUGAUUUAUUAAGAGAAGAGUUUGACAAGCCUGCCGACAUAUUUAGUCUCGGAUUAAUUUUACUUGAGCUAGCGACAGGUAUCGUGUUACCUGGUACGGGCGAAUCCUGGGAAAUGCUCAGAACGGGCGAUUUCUCCAAACAAAAGACAGCGCUGUCAAAACUGUCAAUUGAGAUGCAGGACAUGAUUGCGUGGUUACUCACCACAGCUCGAAAAAACCGACCUACAAUUCAGGAUAUUCUUGAGCAUGCGCAUUUUUCCCAAGCCCCAGUACAUUCGCAGGAACAGCAGAGUUGUCUUUUAAGCUAUGUGUAUGAAAUGCAAGCGAUUGCGGCUGAACAAGCAGAUCGAUUAGAGCAACGAAAUAACUUUUCAACGCCCGAAGGAAGGAUUAUCUAA